AUGGAUAGGAAAAACAAAUCCACUACAGAUUUCAUCCUCUUGGGCCUCUUCCCUGAGUUCCAGUACGUCAGCCUCCUGGUCUACCUCAUCCUUCUGGUCUACUUCAUCACCCUCACAGGGAACUCCAUUCUCAUCUUUCUGAUCUGGGUGGACUCCCACCUCCACACCCCUAUGUACUUCUUGCUCAGUCAGCUUUCCAUCAUUGAUUUGUUCUAUAUUUCCAGCUCGGUUCCUAAGAUGGUUAUCAACCAUUCCUUAGGGAAGCACAGCAUCUCUCGCAUUGGCUGUGGAGUACAAAUGUUCUUCUGCCUAACACUAGGUGGCGCUGAGUGUCUCCUCCUGACCUUUAUGUCCUAUGACCGAUUUGUGGCUGUUUGUAACCCCCUUCGCUACACAAUUAUUAUAGACUCUAAGGUCUGCUUGGUAAUGACCGCGUCAUCAUGGACGGGGGCUGCUUUAAAUUCACUCCUUCAGACUACCUACACCAUGCGUUUCCCUGUCUGUGGUCUGAAGAAGAUAAAUCAUUUCUUCUGUGAGGUACCCGCCAUUCUGAAGUUAUCCUGUGAAGAUACUUCCCAGUAUGAGAUGGUGUUGUUUGUGGCAAGUAUCAUAUUUAUACUCAUCCCCUUCAGCCUAAUAGUGACCUCCUAUGUUCGAAUUUUCCUCACUGUUCUCAGAAUACACCCUUCUGAGGGGAGAAAAAAAUCCUUAUCCACAUGUUCUUCUCACCUGAUUGUAGUGAGUCUCUACCUGGGGCCAGGGAUUGUGGUGUACAUGACACCUAGCUCCUCCCACACCCCAGCCCUGGACCAAGGUCUCUCCAUCUUCUACACGAUUCUCACCCCAAUGCUGAACCCCCUAAUUUAUAGCCUUAGAAACAAGGAGGUUGUGAGAGCUAUAAAGAAGGUCUUGGGAAAGUAUCUAAUACCAACAUAG